GCCAAAAUAAGCACAGAAUGUGUGGAUGGUUCAAGUUUUCCUUUUCAGCACUGCUGAAACGAAGGUUGAAAAGUAGGAAUCAGUAGUUUUCUUGGCUAACAGGAGCAUUUAGUUCAGUCUGGGGUAUUCUGUAUUUUGCUAAUUUAGUGUGCUAAGUACGAGAAAAAUAUACUGAGUACAGUUUGGACACUGAACCUGAAGUUCUCUAAACCGUCAUAUUGGACAUGACACUUGGCAGAUCGUGGAAAUGAUACAAAGGGGAGAGCGCCAGAUGAUAUCAAGGAUAUUUGCGAUGAACCUCCAAACCCUGAUCAACCUAUCUCCCAACACUGUAUGGCACCCAGUCCCAAGCGAAGCUUCGUUCUCUGGGGCUUCCACAAGCUGAAGUACUGGCUAGAGCAAAAUCCACCCAUCCAUCCAUAUGGUUGAAGAUUAGUGGAUCAGCUGCUGCCUUCUACCCACACCAGUACACAAGAAGGAAACAAAUUCUAGAGACCUUUGAACAAUGGCGGACUUUGCGCUUGGGUUGACCAAGACGGCAGUGGAGGGAACGCUGAGCAGGGUCCAGUUGGCGAUUGAUGAAGAGAACAAGCUGAGGGUGACGGCAAAGCAAGACCUGCGGUACAUCACAGCCGAAUUCCAGAUGAUGCAAUCCUUUCUAAAGGUGGCCAGCAAGGAGCGUGCCAACAACGAAGUGGUGAGAACCUGGGUGAGGCAGCUCCGAGACCUCGCCUUCGACGUCGAAGACUGCGUUGAGUUUGUUGUCCACCUGGAUAACAACUCAGCCUUGGUCUGGUUGUGGCGCCUGGUGCCGUCCUGCAUGGCACCACUUCGGACUCGGGAAUUGGACAGGGCGGUUGCCGAGUUAAAGCAGCUAAAGGCGAGGGUCGAGGAUGCAAGCCAGAGGAACACACGCUACAACCUCAUCAGCGAUUCCGGUUCCCUCCCGAAGACCACCACGCCAGCCGAGCAGGCUGCCCUGGUCACGGCCAACUCAUCAGCAUUCCACAUGCUAACUGAGGUCUGGGAGGCUUCUGGGAAGAGAUGCGGCAUGACCAACCUGGAGAAGCUGAUCAUGAGUGAAGGCAGUGACCUCCAGAUGAUCUCCGUGUGGGCAAGUACGACGGCUGAUCUUGGGGCAACUUCCAUUUUCAGCAUUUUGUAUGGUGACCCAGAAAUCCGCCGAGCAUUCAAAAGACGUGCAUGGGUACAGUUGACGCAUCCUUUUAAACCUGACGAGUUCCUCAAGAGCUUGCUGACUCAGUUCUACCUGAGCUCUCACCAAGAAAACAUAGAUGUGGACCAUCUCACGAAGGCCGAGCUAAUGCAGCAAGUGAAGGCGCACAAGUAUCUCAUCAUUCUAGAAGAUUUUUUCAGUGUGGCGGACUGGGAUGCCAUCCGAGUGUGCCUGCCGGAGAAUGAGAACGGCAGCCGAAUCAUCGUGUCCACAAAGCAAUUAAGGAAUGCACUAUUAUGCAUAGGGGGGACAUACCAAGUUUCAGAGCUAAGGAGAUUCUCAGAUGAUCAAUCUCUUUGUGCCUUUUCCAAGAAGGUAGGGCAUCGCACUGGUAUGCACGAUCUCAUUUGGCAAAUAAGUUGUCGAGGUGUGAUGUCGGUGUGGGGGCUAAGUGAUGGUAAAUCAGCACUCAUCAAUAAAGUGUACACCAGCAUAGUGUAUAAGUGUAAAGAAUUUGAUGGAGUAGAAUUUCAACAACACAGUUGGGUUGACGUUCCUGUUCCUUUCAGUUUGGAGGUGUUCUCUCGACGCUUACUUGUGAGUUUUCGUUCAAAAGAUCUCCAAGCCAAAGAAAUUGCGGUGGUUGGUGCAAUGGGAGAGCCAAGCCUAACCCAGGAGUGUUGCCGGUUUCUACAAGCAGAAGAUUGUCUCGUUGUUAUUAAUGAUCUGCAGUCCACACAUGACUGGGACUUGAUAAAAGUUGCCUUCUUGUCCAAGCCUAUUAAAGGAUGUAUUCUUAUCAUUACAAAUGAGUCAAGUGUUGCCACACAUUGUGUAGAAGACGAAGUUGGAGUUAUCAACUUUGAAGAUUUGGAAACCAGCGCUAUGCUUGGCCCCUUGAUGAAGGGUUGCCAUAACUAUGGAAUUGGAGGGCAGGAAGAUCUUCACAAGGGUCGCCUUUUAUCAAUUAGAUUGGGAGAGACACGUGAUUGGUUCACAAAAUUUAGACACUUGUAUCAGGAACAAGUGAAUGACAUUGGGACAUGUUUAAGCCUUCCUGGUGUGAGCUCGUUGUGCGGGCCUGCUGGUGCUGGAAAAUCAACUCUUGCUAGAAUCACGUACUAUCACAGGAUGCUUGUAUCUGAUGCUUCUUGGGAGACCGGAUAUCACGAGAGACCAUCUUACGCAACAGAGAGAAUUUCAAUGUUUAGUUGGGUUGAUGCCCCCCAUCCUUUCAAUUUGAAAGACUUCUCAUUGCAUUUGUUAUUGGAUUUUCAUUCAAAUGAUCUUCGAGCCAAGAAAGCUGUAGCAGUUGAUAUGAUGGAAGGCCAAGACCCAAUUCAAGAGUGUUCUAAGUUUCUGCGUGAAUACAAAUGCACUGUUUUUAUUGAUGGUCUACGGUGCACCAAUGAUUGGGAUUUGAUAAAGGCUACCUUAUUACCUUAUCCAAUGACCUGCCAUGUUGUUGUCAUUACAAAUGUUGCAAGUGUUUCCACUCACUGUGUAGAUGACGGAGAUCGAGCUUUCAUGGUCAACUGUCUAGAAGAUGAUGUGGCCCUUGGUCCCCUAAUAAAGGGUUGUGCAUCUCGUGUAUUCUCCAACAGAAGUGCAGAGGCACGCGACUUGAUCAACACAUUUAGACUUCUUGGGCAUCAGAAUCGAUCAGCAUCUGACCUUCACGACAGUUCAGUUUCCUCUGCUUCUAGCAGUGUGACCUCAUUGUGGGGAAUUGCUGGUGUUGGGAAAUCAGCUGUAGUCAGAAGUCUGUACUGCCACUGGAUGCUUGGACUGGAUCAAUAUUUCAAGAGUGACACAGGAAUCAGAAACAGUUUCAGUGACUCUCGGACGGAAUUUACAAUGUGCAGCUGGGUAGACGUGCGUCAUCCACUUAAUUUGACAGACUUGUCUUGUCAUUUGCUCCUGGAUUUUCAUUCAGAUGAUCCUCAAGCUAAGGAAAAAGCAGCAAUUGGUAUAAUGGAAGGGCAAGAUCCGUGUCAAGAGUGUCGUAGAAUUAUGUGCGAGAACAGAAGUCUCGUUGUUAUCGAUGGAUUACGGACCAAAGAAGAUUGGGACUUGAUAAAAGCCGCCUUCCUACCUGAUUCUACUAAUGCAUGUAUCAUUGUUAUUACAAAUGAAGAAACCGUCGCUAAACAUUGUGUAGAUAAUAAGGAACAGCAAGUGGUCAAUGUCAAAUGUCUUGAAGCUCACGCGGCGCUUAGUCUCUUCAAAAAGAUAACGUUGGAUGGAAAGGAAUUGACUCCCGGUGAGUUGGAGCUUUCUGAAGUUACUAUACGCAGAUGUGGCGGGAUUCCGAAAGUUAUUGCUACUAUAUGCCAACUCUUUGCCGAAAAAUUUGCAAAUGGUGGUUACGAAUGGCACAUGUUUUUGAAGGAUAUAAAUGAUGACUUUAUGGGCAAGUUGCAGACCGAUCAAGGGUGUCAAAAUUUAAGGCAUUUGUUUUCUUGGAUGCAGUCCUACUUUGAUGGUUGCUCAGAUUCCCUCAAGCCAUGUAUCUUCUAUCUGUCAAUCUUCCGUCCGAACCAGAACAUAAGAAGGAGUCAUUUGUUGAGGCGGUGGAUUGCUGAAGGUUAUUGCAGGGACACAUAUAGUGGUACCGCGGAGGAGAAUGGGAAGAGGUUAUUCUCGGAACUCAUCAACUUGAGCAUAAUCCAACAAAGUAGGAAGGCAAUGAAAUACAUAUACCAAGUCAACGGUUUCUUUCAUGAAUACAUCAUUUCACGGCCAAUGGAAGAUAACCUUGUCUUUGCACUGGAGGGAAAUUGCAGCCUUAACUCGCAACAUGCAGGGCAACAUCUCACCAUAAGGAGGUGUUGGGACAGGGACAUCACGGUCUUUAUGAGCAUGGACUUAUCACGUCUACGGUCCUUGACCGUGUUUGGGAAGUGGGUGCCAUUCUUUCUUUCUUCCAACAUGAGUCUACUUCGGGUGCUAGAUAUGGCGGACACAUCAGGCAUACUAGACCGUGACCUUGAGCAGAUCGCGAAGGCACUACCUCGUCUUAAGUUCCUAUCUCUUAGAGGAUGCAAAGAGAUAAGCUAUCUACCAGAAUCAUUUGGUGGCUUGAGACAGCUGCAAACUUUGGAUGUCAGAUACACCUCAAUAGUCAUGCUACCUUUGUUUAUCAUGAAGCUACAGAAGUUGCAAUACAUUCGUGCCGGCACCAUCAUAUCAUCGGAUGAAGCUGAUGAAUCUGUUGCAAGUAUACCAAGAAGAAAUGUAGACCGGACAUCAACACCACAAGAGGGCAGUGAUGACAUGGUCACAACACAACCGGAAGCGGCAGAGGAGGUUCAGACAUCAAAACCCUUGUCAUGGAGCUCCCGUCCACGUAGUUUGGUGUCUAGCUGGUUAUCCAAGAUGCACAGGCGCCGACUUGAUAAUGAUGGUGUUGAGGUUCCUGUAGGGGUUGGGGGCUUGACUUCCUUACAUACUAUUGGUGUUGUCAAUGUCAAUAUUCCUAAUGGAAAAGCAAUUCUUAAGGAUCUUAAAAACCUUACACAACUGCGCAAGCUUGGCAUAUCUGGCAUAAACACGCAAAACAUCCAGGAUUUGUGUUAUUUCAUCUCCGGCCACGGUCAUUUGGAGUCCUUGACAGUGCAACUCGAUAAGGAUAAGCAUGGGUUAUUUGCUUGUUUCGGUGACAUGGUUUCCCAGCCACCCAAGACCCUAAAGAGCCUCAAGUUAUACGGACAUUUAAACAAACUGCCGAUUUGGAUCGAGCAGCUUGAUAAUCUCAAGAAGUUAGAUGUUGAGUUCAGUAUACUGUCGCAAGAGGACAUGGCCGACUUGAUUAGUGGAUUUCGAAGUUACAUGUGCUUGCGUCGGCUUUGUAUCAAGCCGAUCCAAGACGGUGAACUCCAUCUUACCAUGCUAGAAAGCUAUCCCUUUUUAGCAUUACGGGUCCUAGAGAUCGAUUGCACCUCCAAUUUACAGGUAACUUUUUUAAUAUGCGUAUUUAUGAACGUAGAGGUACUGAAGAUUCACUUCUGUGGUGGGGCAUCCUUGCAAAUUUCUGGACUAGAGCAUCUAUCCAAUCUCAACCAAGUGUGGCUGAAGGGUUCCUACAGUGACGAAAUCAAGCAAGAGUUGCAGCGGCAAGUUUCCGAGCAUGAAAAUAAACCUGUCUUGAAGCUAGUGCAGCGAUGCUAGUCCUGAUAGGCUCUUUAUUAAUGUGUUAUGUCUGUACUUGAAAGUUGUAACAAGUCCUGUAGGAGUAUGGUUCUGC